AAAGUUGAUCGCUGACAACAGCAGACGUGUUUGUGUUCAGUCGGUCUGGAUAAAAGUAAUUCUGACAGCAUGAGGACUUUAGAAGAGGUUCAGGGAACGCUACAAAUCGCCAAAGUUAAAGAAGAAGACCUGCAGCCCGUCACUUACUGUCUAUCUUUCGGAGAUAAUGUGUCGUCGGGCGAUUACUGUCUCAUGGAGGUGGAUGAGAAUCUCUGCAAGCACAUUGAAUCAGGAAAGAGCCUUAUUAUCAGAGGUGAUAAAGACGAGCAUGCAGUUCUGUGCAGUGAGGACAAAACAUACGACUUGAAAAUCGCAGACACCUCAAAUCUGCUGCUGUUUGUCCCAGGAUGUAAAACUCCAGAUCAGCUGUCUGACAUCCCAGCAUCUCCUCAGCUCAUGCACACACAGAUUUGGGGAUUUUCAAACUGUUACUGGGAGCUGAGAAGGCAGAGACCGAGGUUAAAGAAGCUGAAGAAACUUCUGAUGGAGAAUCCAUAUGAUGGUCCGCCAGUCGGCAUGCAGGAGGAGGCACCGGGACUGAAAUACAGUAUGGAAGACCUUCUUGAGAGAAUCCAAGCAAGUAAAGAAGAACUGGAAGCACAUCUUGGAAAUGUUCACGCUUGUGAAAUUGACGGAUUUUGGAGGAUUAUGGAUUUUGAUUAUGAGAUGAAGCUCUUGGGUCACGUGACGCAGCUGGUGGACUCAGAGUCUUGGUCUUUCAGCAAAGUUCCCCUCAGUGUCUGUUUGGAAGAGCUGGGGUCCCUUGAGCCAAAAGCCAUGAUAGAACACUGUCUGAACUGUUAUGGAAGACGGCAUAGUGAUGAAGAUAAUCAGGUGAUGUAUGCUCUGGAUGAGGAUAAAGUGUGUAGGGCCACAGCUCAGCUGCUCCUGCAAAACGCUGUGAAGUUUAACCUGUCCGAGUUCCAGGAGGUUUGGCAGCAGAGUGUUCCUGAGGGCAUGGGCACUAGACUGGAUCAACUCCGGGGUUUAGCUCUGAUAGAUCGAAGCUCUAAACCAGAGACCAUUUCACUGCUCCGGGUAGAAGAUCUGCCAGAGGACACACUGGAGCGAUUUAACAGCCUCUUCAGCCUGAGGGAGAAAUGGACACAAGAUGACAUUGAACCAUAUAUACAAGAUCUUUGUGGAGAGAAGCAAACCACUGGAGCUCUCCUGACAAAACAUGCCCGUUCAUCUAUGCAAAAUGGUAUUAAAGUCUACAAUUCAAGAAGACCUGUAGCAACCUGAGAUCACAAAUAUCAUUGUAAAACCAUUUACUCUUAUUAGUUGUUUCAAAGAAAAAACAAAUAAAAUAUUAUGUUCUGUGGUUGUA